AGAAGCCUUAGCCUGUCUGACACAGAAGUCCCUCCCCAGAAGACAGCUGUGCUGUUGAUUGUACAGCCACCUGCUAUAUAAGUCCUCUCCCACACCAGUUCUAAGCCUCUGCCAGGAUCCACCUUCCGUAGGACAGUCACCAGGCCAGAUCCAGAAGGCCUGAAGCUCCAUGGCCCCAUCCUUGGGAGAAGUCAGCUCCAGCGCCAUGAAGGGCAUCCUCAUUGCUGGUCUCAUGGCAGUGCUUCUGGUUUCCGCUGUAGAAUCCCUGAGCUGUGUGCAGUGUAAUUCGUGGGGAAAGUCCUGUGUCAGCAGCACUGCCACUGAAUGUCCCUCACAUGCCAACACCAGCUGUAUCAGUUCCUCAGCCAACUCUUCUUUAGAGAGAGCAAGCGGAUCAUACCAGAGUAUGUCCUGCUCCGCGGAGAACUGCAGUGAGGAGGCACCUGUUACAGCCUUCACUGUCCACGUGUCUGCUGAAGAACGCUUUCAUUUUGUGAGCCAGUGCUGUCAAGGAAAGGAGUGUAACAGCACCAGCGAUGCCCUGGACCCUCCACUGAAGAAUGUGUCCAGCAGCAUAGAGUGCCCUGCUUGUUAUGAAUCUAAUGGAACUUCCUGUAGUGGGAAACCCUGGAAAUGUUAUGAAAAAGAACAGUGCAUCUUUCUACUUGCAGACCUGAAGACUGACACUGAGUCUAAGCGUCUCGUGCUGAAAGGCUGUUCCAAUGUCAGUAACUCCACCUGUCAGUUCCUGUCUGGUGAAAAUAAGACGGUUGGAGGAGUCAUCUUUCGAAAGUUCGAGUGUACAGAUGCAAACAGCUUAACCCCCAUGUCUACACCGGCCGCUUCCCACAACAUGGGCUCCAAAGCUUCCCUCAACUUCCUGGAGCUCGCCAGCCUCCUUCUGCUGGGACUGCUGCUCUGAGGUGCUGGAGCUGUACUUCACCCAGUACCACUGGGGUGCUGCCACACUCUUUCCCCGCCCGUCCUGUUUAACUGCCCAGUAAGUGGGAGUCACACAUCUCCAGGUAAAGCUGACAGUGCCUUGUUACUCCAUUAUUAAAGAGCUGGUCCCUUCACUGCCCAAAUCCGUCCUGAUGCAUUCUGGGCUGGGCUUCACUUGAGCUGCCCUCUCGCGUCACUGCCCCUUUCCGGGCUAGAGGUGGAGUCCUUGCCUUUGAAACCUGUGCACUUUUGUUUCUGGGAUUUGAUGAUCCCUGCUCCCUGCUCAUCUUGCUUCUGAGAAGCCAACCCUUUGACCUUGCAGCCCUGCACCCUGGGGACCAACAUGCCGCCAUCCCCACUCUCACACACAAGGAGCCCCCAGCCUACCCUAUAAGGCCUUGUGUCGGCCCAGUACCAACACGGAAGCUCAUUUAGUACCGGACAAAUACGGCUCUUCAACAGUUGUCCCGAUUGUGGUCACAAACAGCAAUAUGGCCUCAGCGACCCGUCACACUGGUGACAGAGAGAGACCCAUCAGCCUGGGUGACAUAGAGAGUCUGGAGGGUUUGGAGGGGCUGCUAAAGACCAGCAUACUCCUCCUGUCUAGGCUUCACUGGACAGCCAGCAGUGCUGGGCUCCAUUCCCAGCUGAGGAAGUUUUCUCAGUCUUGUGCGGAAUGGAAUGCGGCUACAGAGCCCCAGUCCAGCCGUCCGAGAGCUUAUAAUCAAGCACGGAGUAACUAACUCCAUAUCAAAUGCCAAGGGAACAAGAAAACCAUUCAGUCAAAUAUGCCCAGAGGUCCAGGUCUAGUAAAUAAGGUGGGCCUUUUGAGCUGAACUUGGAAACAUGGGGUUUGCUAUAGUAAAUUUCUUUUUGUAAACUGACGUGGGUCAACUUUAGCCAGGAUUGCUGACAGUGCAGGAAGGACAAAGCCACCUGAAGGUCAUGUGAUGGCAACACACCACCACGUGCACUCUUACUUAUUUCAGCUCGUUAUUUUGAACCAUAAUUUUAGACUUACUGAAAAGUUACAAAAAUUAGUACAGAGAGUUCCACUAUCUCCUUCAGGCAGCUUCUCCUCAUGUUCACAUUUUAGAAAAUCACGAUACAGUCACUGAAAUCAGGAAAUGUACAUUGAAACAAUAUUGUUAAGGAACAGAACUCAUUUGUACUUCACCAAUUUUUAUGAAUGUCCUUUUUUUCCUGGUCCAGGAUCCAAUUCUUUGCAUUUAAUUGUUAUGUCCCCUCAGUCUCCUUCAAACUGUAACAGUCUGGAAUCUAGCAAGACCUCGAUAAUUAAGAGUAUUGUCCAAUCAUUUUGUAGAAUGUUUCCCAAUCUGAGCUCAUCUGACAUUUUCUUGUGAUCAGAUUGAGGUUACGCAUUUUUGGCAAGAAAACUACAGCGACGACCUGCCUGUCUCAGUGCAUUUUGUCAGGAGAUGCAUGAUGUCAGUGUGUCAUAUUACAGGUGACAUUAACCUUGGUUAAGGUUUUCUUUCAGGUUUUUCCGUUGUGAAGUUGCUAUUACUAUUUUUUUUUUUUAGCUGAAGUUUGCUCUGUUGCCCAGGCUGCAGUGCAGUGUUCUGAUCAUGGCUCACUGCAACCUUUGUCUCCUGGGUUCAAGGAAUUCUCCUGCUUCAGCAUCCUGAGUAGUUGGGAUUACAGGCACACAUCACCACACCCAGCUAAUUAUUUUUGUAUUUUUUUUUAAGUAGAGAUAGGGUUUCAACAUGUUGGCCAGGCUGGUCUCAAACUCCUGACCCAGUGAUCCUCCUGCCUCGGCCUCACAAAGUACUGGGAUUACAGGCAUGAGCCACCGUGCCUGGCCAUACUUCUUAAUAUAAUAGGCUAGGCCUGCUAUAACAAACAUACCUUAGUAAAAAAAAACAACCAAUCACACAAUGUGACUUCAUUUCUCAGCAACUUAAACUCCAUAUAGAUGCUCUUGGUUGGGCAUCUGUCUGGAGCAGCUGUUCUCCUGUUCUCCAAGACUAAGGAAGGUAUCAUGCUUCCUUUUUUUUUUUUUUGAGACAGAGUCUCUCUCUGUCACCCAGGCUGCAGUAGUGCAGUGGCACAGUCUCAGCUCACUGCAACCUCUGCCUCCCAAAUUCGAGCGAUUCUCCUGCCUCAGCCUUCCAAGUAGCGGGGAUUACAGGCGCACGCCACCACACCCAGCUAAUUUUUUAUUUUUAGUAGAGUUGGGGUUUCACCAUAUUGGUCAGGCUGGUCUUGAACGCCUGACCUCAAGUGAUCCACCCGUCUCGGCCUCCCAAAGUGCUGGGAUUACAGGCGUGAGCCACUGUGCCCCACCAGGUGUCACGCUUCUUUUAUCCCAUGGUUCCACCAUCCCUCAUGACUCACUGGACUCUCAGUUAAGUGCUCUGUCUGCAGCUGGCUGACAAUUAAAAAGAGAGAGAGAGAAAGAGAGUCCAGAGAGCUAUGCAGAGUGGCCUAGGGGCCAGGGCUGACAGUGGCAUCCAUCACAUAAUUCCAGCCCUGGAACCCUGAGCAAGAGAGUUUUCCUCUCUGGGCCUUAGCAUCCCCACCUGUGUAAUGGGGAUAGUGCUAAGGUCUGCUAUGUGGGGUUGUGAGAUCUGUAGACAUAGGUCUCCCUGUAAAGCUUAGCACAGAGCUUGGCGAGGAGUAAAUGUUAACAGCAGAAGAUUGUAGUCUGGAAGGUACUCUGUAAACACACUAGGAAGAGGAGAGGCCACAAGAAAUGCUGAUGUGGAAGGAAUUGUCCCAGCUCAGCUCCCUCGGAUGGUGCCAACCUCACUAAGGUUAUAGCUGCUUCUGUUUCAGUCUCAGAAUCUCCUGUCCACUUCACUCACCCUUCCUAGGCCCUCCGUGGCUGCUGACACCAUGGCCUCACUGACUGCAGUGGGGGCUUCUCUGCCUCUUAUCUGCAUGGUCUGCACUACCCACUGACCUGUUCUGGAAGCCCCAGUGCUCAAGGCUGAUGUGAGGCAGCAGUGCCAUAUCUGGGUAACAGCAAAGGGUCACAUGGGAGGCUGCCUGAAGGGCAAGCAGGGUCAGAUCCCAGGAGGUCUCCACAACCCUGUAGAUGACUCUGGCUUCAGACUGAGGGCCAUGGGGAAUCAGUGUAUAGUAAGUGAGAAAGAGUGGGAUUAGGUUUCCAUUCUGGGAAGCUUGCCUAGACUGCAGGACGAAGGCAGCAAGACGGCAGAAAGGGCAGCAAGAAACUGAAACAGAAAUAGUGGGUACCUGCCCAGGGGUCGAUGCUUUUCAUUCUAUUAAUGGAGGAUAAACUAGUACCCUACAGAUGUAUGUUCAUGCAUUACUGGCUCCCACCUCCUUACCCAGAGCAGGGAGCUGAGCAAAGUGCCUCUAACCCUUUUAUUUCUCAUGGCUGUUCAUGCUUAACUCCAGACUCCUGUCCUCUGGUGCCUGAGCCAGGUCUCAUACUUUGCCCCUAAGCUAAAGCCCUUACCGCCAAUUCUUCCUUAAGUGCAGCCUGGGCUCUAGGAUAAGCUUCCACAUCUAAGAAACUCUGCAGAAUUCUACACUCACACCAUAUGGUUGGACUAAUGACAAGUAAUGCCCUGUCUUUCCACAAUACUUUAUAAUUUGUAAAGCUCUUUUGCCCAUGUUUUAUUUACAAUCAAAUUGUACACAAAAUUAUAUGUUAUGCAGGAUAUACAUACAAUAAAAUGUAUGUGUGCAGACUGAGUAUCAACAAACUUGCCCAUGUAACUACCCCCCACCCCGGUGAAGGAAAGCCUCCCCAGUACUUCCCCUAGGCCCCUGUACAGCCCACUCCACUCUAGCCCAGGCAUCUCCACUCUCCCCUCCUGGAAGUGACUGGCAACACCCUGCUCACAAUCCAUUGAGUUGAGCAUUCACUCCACACCUGGACUCAAGACAACAGGCAGAACAGCCCCUAGGGGUCAGCCUUUCCCAGCAACAACUCUGCCUCAUGGACCGGGAUAGGAUAGGGCACUGUACCCAUCAGACCCCAAGCCCUUUUGACCCUUUCUCACUGCCCCAGCUAGGAGGACAAGAGGGCGGUGUGGGUUCCUUUCUUUCUGCUCAAGACUGGGCUUUUAGCAUGUCUGACCUAAAAGUUUCUGGAACUAUACUCGGAACUACUCUCCAAAUAACCUUUCAUCUGAAACAUAAAUUGAACUGAAGUAAAAACCACUUAUCACUA